AGCAUGACGUUUAUAAGGCGCGUCAUAUUUAGACCUGCGUCAUUCCAUAUGAUUUUCCUUAUUCCGUUUAAAUAAUGAACUUUCACAAGACAGUCGAGAGAAAUGUCUGUUUAUGACGAAUGGGACAUUCACAUAAAUGAUUUAAUUAUCUAAUUAAAAGUGAACAGUGGUGAUAUUUGUGAUAAAUUUUUGUUGAAUAUGUUACAAAGGACUCGGUCCAAAGAUAGAGGAAAUAAUAGUGUUGUGAUAACUUUUAUAUGCUGAACUAUUUCGUUUAUUUUUUACACAAUAAAUAAACAUAUUUAUUAUCGUAGUUCUUUGUUGAAUAAUGGGAUUGUUAUUUGCUAAAUUAUGGAGCCUGUUUGGCAAUGAAGAACACAAAAUUGUGAUAGUGGGUUUAGAUAAUGCUGGGAAAACUACGAUCCUUUAUCAGUUUUUAAUGAACGAGGUUGUUCACACUAGUCCCACAAUUGGUUCAAAUGUCGAAGAAGUCGUUUGGAGGAACAUUCAUUUCAUUAUGUGGGAUUUGGGAGGUCAACAAUCAUUGAGGGCAGCUUGGAGUACUUAUUAUACGAAUACAGAGUUUGUGAUUGUUGUGGUGGAUUCAACCGACAGGGAAAGAUUAUCUGUUAUACGUGAAGAAUUAUUUAGAAUGUUAUCUAACGAGGAAUUAUCGAAAGCGGGUGUUCUAGUCUAUGCAAAUAAACAAGACGUCAAAGGUUCAAUGUCGGCGUCGGAAAUAUCCAAAGAGCUAGAUUUAACCUCAAUCAAACAACAACAGUGGCACAUACAAUCUUGUUGCGCCCUUACAGGCGAAGGUUUAUAUCAAGGUUUGGAAUGGAUAGUGAGCAGGUUGAAAAAUAAAUGACAUCAUUCCAAAAACACAUCGAUAUUAAAUUAACACGUUUUUUGUUUUUUAAUAAUUUGUAAAUUCUGGUUAAAUAUUUCACACUUUUUGUAUAAAGCGAUGUUUUCUCAUAUUGAGAAUAGAAAAAACACCAAGAAACGUCUAAUUGUUGCUUUUUUGUAACGAAAAAACGCGCCCGUUAAAAAAAAAUUUACACUAAUAAAAAUGAUUAAUUGACAGAUCACUAAGUCUACAGAAAAUUUUCCCCGAUAUAAAAAUCUGAUAGUGGAAAUUAAUUUAUACAGUUUGGUGUAAAAUUUCCAUAAUAUUCAUAAGUAAAUUAACUUCCUUUGAAAAAAAGUUGAUUUUAAUAAAAGUACGACACUAUAAAAAUUUGAAAUUCCAAAGUGCCAAAUAUAUAUCAGAGCCGUACUAUUAUUUUUUAAAUAUCAUCCGUUUCUUUCUCAUUAUUGAAAUUGAAUCCUGUAUAUUAUUUUACAAAAAAGGUCACUUGAUCUUUAUUUUUUUUUAAAUUAUCAAAUCUGCACUCACUAUAUCAUCUUUUGAUUACAUGUUUUUGUCAUUUAUUCAAUUUUUGAAGAUUCUCUAACUUUUCAAGUGCACAUUUGAGUCAUUACAUAGAUUUCCUUUUCCAUAGCAGUUUCCUUAACUGCUUUAUCUCAUUCCUCGAUUUUCCUCUGGCUAAUUUCUUUCCAGCUCCUUGAUCUUCGUUUCAUUGUAAAUUCUUGUUUCUUGAAAAUCCUUCGAUUUUACUCAAAUUCAAAUUUUCUCUCGUUAGUUUUUUGUUGGUUUAUUCUCCCCAUUUUUUUUUAGAAAUCCCAUUUCUGUACUUUGAAUUUUACAUUUUUGUUUGUGCACAUCUCUGAUCUGAUAUUUUUGGAACGCACUAUAUACACUACAACUACACUCUCUGACGCGCACGUUUAGAUACCAAAUUAUCAUCUUCAGAGAUUUAACUAUUUAGUUUACCUACAGUCUGUGAAGACGAUAAUUUGGUUAUCGAAACAUUGUGUUCAAUAUUUAUCGAUAUUCCAUCUUGAAGUUCAAUGUCAAAUUACUGUUUUUGGUACUCUUUCGUGAAGUUUCAGAAGCACAAUAUGUAAAAAUUAAUUUUUUAAUUGACGUACAGGGUUCAAUCAAAACUUGUUGCGAUAAAAAUUGGUUGGCGUGAAAUUGUAGAUUUAUACAAAACAAUCCAUUAGCGUUUUUCUAACUGCAGGAAAAUCAGGUUGUUCAUUAAUAUACUGUGUGAAACAUUAUUGUAAACAGAUUUUCUUCUAAUUUAAUUAUGAGAAACAGAAACCUUGAACUUUAAACCUGUUUCUAUGUCAAAAACUUCGAUUAAAACACUUACAGAAAAGGGUUGAUUUGAAAUGAAACAACCAGUCGUUUUAUUUAGAAUAGAUUUUGCCUGAAACAACCAAAAUGUCCAUCAAAUACACCAUCUAGUAAUUAAAUUAGAACUUUUUGUUAUUUAAAAAUUAAUUAGUCAUUUUCAGGUAAAAAGUCUGUUUACAUAAAAUGUUUAUAUUUUAUUCGUAUUUUGUUUUAUACCUAAUAUUAGGAUUAAUUUUUAUUAAUUAUUUUAGUCCAAUUCUGUAUAAAAUUGAAAAUGAGUCUACAAAAUUAGUAAUAUAAUGUAUAUAAUUC